UGAAUGCAGGGUCCGGGGAGACUAGAUAUAGUGAAUACAGGGUUCGGGGAGACCAGAUAUAGUGAAUGCAUUGUCCUGGGAGACCAGAUAUAGUGAAUGCAGGGUCCGGGGAGAGCAGAUAUAGUGAAUGCAGGGAAUCCCAGGGAGACCAGAUAUAGUGAAUGCAGGGUCCAGGGUCCUGGGAGACCAGAUAUAGUGAAUGCAGGGUCCGGGUAUAGUGAAUGCUGGGUCAGUAGACCAGAUAUAGUGAAUGCAGGGUCCCAGGGAGUCCAGACCAGAUAGUGAAUGCAGGGUUCGGGUCCGGGGAGACCAGAUAUAGUGAAUGCAUGGUCCCGGGUUUAGUAACACUCUAAGCUGUAAAGGCAGCUGGACAGAGUUGUAUGCAUGCUACGGGGUGGACUGACAACUCAUAGGGCCCCGGGCAAUAAGGGAUCAUGGGGCCCCUGUGUCC